GUAUUAUUUUCGCCUGGUAGAGCGCAGCCCCCCGGCCGCCGCUCCGCACCCCGAUCCACCGCUUUGCCUGGAUUUUAGUUCGCUUCACUAUUUCUUUUUUUUUUUUCCUUGGGUUUUAAAUUGGCUUAUUUUUACUAAUCGGUAGCCUGCUUUGGACUGAAACGUGGAGUUCGGAUCUCGCUUGGAGCCAUACAGGAUGUCAGAAUCCAAAUCAUCCCACCUGGAUGUUCGGAAGCGCCACGAGCGCAGCACCACCUCGGUGUCGGCCGUUAGCAAGGUCCAGACAACCAGCACACGUGCUACUAGUGUCCGCACCAGUAGGCGCAGCCACAAAGGUGUUAAGACAACCGUACAGUCAGUCAAGGAACUUGACGAGGCCGACCUAAGCUUACUCUCCAAGUCAAAGAAAUCCUACCUGGCAAUGGACAAAGACAAUGAAAUCAUCGGCUAUGUUGUACCGAUCUUCAGAAGCAGCCAAGGGUUUGCCAGAGAGCUUCUGGAGUCCCAAGAGGAGGAGAGGAAGGAGGAGAGCAUAGGCUAUGUGGCCCUGAGGAACCUUUUUACUCGGGAGAGCACAGAAACGCAACGUGUGGAAAAGAAAACCAGGGAGAUGACGUUGAGGGAGUCUGUCGACCGUAUUCAUCUAGUGAGAAAGAUGCAUGAGAGGGAGGAGUUCCAGAAGAAGAUGAACGCAGACAGCCUGACACACCCCCCGGAGUUCAUAGUGAAGCCACGUUCCCACACGGUCUGGGAGAAGCAGACAGUCACUCUGCACUGCACCGUUGCUGGCUGGCCAAAGCCACGGGUUGCCUGGUACAAGAACAACGUAUGGAUCGAUGCCAAGGCAAAUCCUGACAAGUAUACAGUUGAGAGUAACUACAACAUGCACUCAUUGGAGAUCAAAAGCUGCACCUUUGAGGACACAGCCCAGUACCGCAUGUCAGCAAUGAACGUGAAAGGAGAGAGCUCCGCCAUCUCCACUGUGGUGGUGAAAAGAUUCCAAGAAGGCGAGGACCUUGUUCGAAAGCCUCAUGGUUUCUGUUCUGAAUAUGGAGUGACCUUCCGUACUCACAUCACGGACAAGUUCUCCGUAUCUUUCGGCCGUGAGGGAGAGACCCUCAGUAUCGGCUGUACCGUGAUCAUCUUCCCACAGGUGAAGCGGUACCAGCCUGACAUCCUUUGGUACCGCAAUGCCACUCUACUGCAGCCCUCGCAUUGGGUGCAGAUGCACUGGAGUGGAGAGCGUGCCAUGCUGACCCUCAAACACCUCAACAAGGAGGAUGAGGGCCUCUACACACUGCGCAUCAACACCAAGUCUGGCUUUGACUCCUACUCUGCCUAUGUAUUCGUAAGAGAUGGCGACGUGGAAGUGGAGGGUGCCCCUGUGGCUCCCCUGGACGUGCGCUGUCAGGACGCCAACAAAGACUACGUGGUGGUCACGUGGAAGCAGCCCGCAGUGGAAGGAAGUAGCUCUAUCCUGGGAUACUUUGUUGACAGGUGUGAGGUGGGAACUGACCGUUGGGUCCAAUGCAAUGACAUGCCGGUGAAAUUUGCCCGCUUCCCGGUCACGGGUUUGGUGGAGGGGCGCUCCUAUGUGUUCCGUGUCCGGGCCAUCAAUUACGCUGGGGUCAGCCAUCCGUCCCGCAUCUCCGAUCCGGUGGUCGCCAUGGCACCCGCCGACCGUGCCUACCUGCGGAGUCACCCAUCUGCCCCAUGGACGGCGCACAUCAUCGUCACGGAGGAGGAGCCAACAGUGGGAGAGGUUCCAGGCCAACCCAGUGACCUGGCGGUCAUCGAGGCGACCAAGAGCUAUGUGGUGCUGGCCUGGAAACCCCCGUUCCAGAGGGGUCAUGAGGGGAUUAUGUACUAUGUGGAGAAGUGCGUGGUGGGCACGGACACUUGGCAGAGGGUCAACGCUGGCAUGCCUGUGAAGUCUCCACGCUUCGCCCUGUUCGAUCUGGCUGAGGGCAAGACUUACAGCUUCCGGGUGCGGUGUUGCAACUCGGCUGGGGUGGGGGAGCCUUCGGAAGACACCGAACCCACCGCUGUUGGGGACAAGCUGGAUCUCCCUCCCGCUCCAGGCCGUGUGGUGGCCUGCAGGAACACCGAUAACUCUGUGGUGGUGUCCUGGGAGCCAUCCCAGAAUGCCAUGCAGCUGGUGGGCUACUACAUCGAGGUCAGCGUCGUGGGCAGUGGCGUGUGGAUUCCCUGCAAUAACAAGCCGGUGAAGUGCACCAGGUUUGUGUGUCACGGCCUCAACACAGGGGACCAGUGCGUGUUCCGGGUGAAAGCCGUCAACGCCGCCGGGUACAGUCGUCACUCACCUGAGUCGGAGAAGGUGGAUGUGAAGGCUGCUAUCGCGACCCCUAGCCAGCCCCAGAGGCUCAGGGUGGUGGAUACGGUGCGGGAUACCAUGCUGCUGGACUGGGAGGCACCCAAGCUUAACGGUGGGGCCGAGGUCACCGGCUACUUUGUGGAUAUGCGCAAGGUGACAGCGGGCGUGCCUGGGAGUUGGCACGAGGUCAACACCAAGGCUAUCAACACCAGGUCCUACAAGGUAGAGAACCUGAAGGAGAACAUGCAGUAUCAGUUCCAGGUGCGAGCAGUGAACAUGGCAGGUCUGAGCAAGGCCUCAGUGCCUAAUGUUGCGGUUGAAUGUAAGGAGUACACCAUCACUGUGCCAGGACCUCCUAUUGGCCUCCAUGUAACUGAGGUGCGGAAGAAUUCCCUGGUGCUUCUGUGGGAGCCACCAAAGUUCACGGGUCGCAGUGACAUCACUGGAUACUAUGUGGACAUGAAAGAGGCGGGAGCUGGCGAUGGUGCUUGGAGGGGCAUCACCGGGAAGGCCAUCACUAGCAGAUACCUGCAGAUCGCAGGCCUGAAGGAAGGAGCCUCCUACGUGUUCCGUGUGUGUGCUCAGAACCUGGCAGGAGUUGGACACCUGUCUCAGCACACUCCUCCCAUCCUGGCCCAGACUCGUCCGGGUACCAAAGAGAUUGUGGUAGAUGUGGAUGACGAAGGUGUGAUUUCCCUGAUCUUUGAGUGUUCAGAGAUGAAAGCAGAAUCGAAGUUUGUGUGGUCUAAGAACUACGAGGAGAUCACAGAUCUUUCCCGCCUUGCCAUGCAGACCUCGGGCGGCAGGUCACGGGUCAUCUUUAACAACCUAUCACUGGAGGACCUGGGGAUUUACUCUUGUGUGGUCACCAACACAGAUGGGGUGUCAUCAAGCUACACCUUAGAUGAGAAAGAAAUGAAACGUCUGCUGCAGAUCAGCCAUGACCACAAGUUCCCCAUUAUUCCUUUCUCAUCUGAACUGGCUGUGGAACUGCUGGACAAGGGCAGGGUGCGUCUCUGGCUGCAGGCAGAGAAGGUGACGGCCAACUGCAAGGUGGACUAUGUCUUCAAUGACGUCCCGCUCACCCAGGGCGAAAAAUACUCAAUGCACUUUGACAAAAACACUGGAAUCAUCGAGAUGUUCAUGGAGUCACUGGAACUGGAGGACGAGGGAACAUACUGCUUCCAUCUGGUGGAUGGAAAGGCCACCGGCACCUCCAGCUUGGUGCUGAUCGGAGAGGACUUCAAAACAUUGCAGAAGGAAUCAGAGUUCAGGAGACAAGAAUGGUUUAGGAAACAAGGUCCUCAUUUUGUGGAAUACCUGAGUUUCAAGGUGACUCCGGAAUGCAACGUGCUUCUCACAUGCAAGGUUGGGAACAUGAAGAAGGAGACGGAGAUAUUCUGGUCCAAGGAUGAACAGGACAUUGAAGAGGAGGAGGAGAAGGUUAACUACAUCGAUGACAUUUUGACCUUCAACAUCUCGAAGCUGCGCUUUAAAAAAGACAAAGACUUGGAUGAUGCAGACUUUCCUGAACCGAAGGAGACCCCGGCAAGACCGAAAAUUACCAAGCAGGAUGCGGGGAUUUACCAACUGAAGCUGAGAGAUGACCGCGGGAAGGACAUGAGUGUCUUGAACCUGACUGAACAAGGUUUCCAGCAGGUGAUGAAUGAGGUAUUUAGAGUCAUUGCCAACUCAUCCACAGAGCUGCAAGUGACGAGCACAGCUGAAGGCAUCAUCAUCCAGACCUCCGUGGUCUACUACACUGAGGAGCUCCCCUCAAACUGGCUACACAAAGAUAAUAAGAUCUCGCGCUCGGAUAGAGUCCAUUGGGGUGUUACUGAGGAGCAGCUGUGGCUGAAGAUCAAUGAGCCCACAGAGAAGGACAAGGGCAAAUAUGCCAUCAACAUCUUUGAUGGCAAGGAUGGAGUCAAAAGAGUGUUGGAUCUUACAGGACAAGUGUGGGAGACGGCAUACGAGGAGUUCCAGAGGCUGAAGGCUGCGGCCAUUGCAGAAAAAAAUCGCGCUCGCGUGGUCGGUGGGCUGCCAGAUGUGGUCACCAUCCAGGAAGGCAAGUCCCUCAACCUCACCGGAAACAUCUGGGGCAAUCCGGCGCCUGAGGUGAUGUGGCUGAAGAAUGAGAAGGAGCUGCUGUCAGACGAGCACUACGCCCUCAAGUUCGAGGCGGGCAAGUUUGCCAGCAUCACCAUCGCCGCCGUCACCACGGCCGACUCGGGCAAGUACAGCCUGGUGGUGAAGAACAAGUACGGCACGGAGCACGGCAAAUUCACCGUGAGCGUCUACCUGCCCGAGGGCGAGGAAACUGAGGAACAAGGGGAUGAGAAGAAAGACAAAAAGGACAAGAAAGAAAAGAAAGACAAGAAAGAGAAGUAGGAAUAAAACAAAAGAAACAAAAACAAUAUGUAGAAAGUAGAGGCUGAUGGAUUUAAGUGUUUUUUUUGUCUAGUCCAGCGAUGCCUUUUCCCUUUAAGACCCUUAAGAAGGUGUUUGUGUCGUGGGCUGUCAAUCCUGUUGAGUUUGAAGGUAAAGAUACUGGGCUGGCACUAGACUAAAAAGCCUAACUGGAAAUUUGUAGUCAUGUUUAGAGUAAGCCCCCCCUUAUCUCUGUAGCCCCCUCUUAGCUGAACAAAGAGCUGCCUUGCUGCUAACGCUAAUGCUGUACAUGACACUGGGAGUACUAUUUCCUAUUUUCGAGGGUCCUUUACUUGACCUUUUCGUAUUUCUAGCUCUAAAACGCCACUGUGCCACUUUGCAGGGCCACUAUAAAUCACGAAAUUGUCCCCAGUUUUCUAAGAGGCAGUUCACUUAGCUUCCCAUGUAUGUGCCCUUAAACCAAUUAUCUGCACAAUGCCGUAGGACAACAGUACUCAAUGUGUAUGGGGUCCUACUCUAACAAAAAGCUGGUGGAAUCACCCGUGAAGACGAUGUCCGAGUUUAUGCCAACAGGGAAGUCAGCUGACCACAUUUUCAUGUUGUCCAGAUGAGAAAUGCAGAGACACAUCCUGUAUUACUGUCCUCUCGCUAGUUGUUCUGCACAGGCUAAUAAACUGUCCAUGUUGCUUUGUCA